AUGGGGAGGGCCACAAUGUCAUCGGGUUGUGGGCGUUCCCCCACGGGGUUUCGGCAGCUGUGGGCACCACGGCUGUCAAGGGGGCUUAAAGAUAGCAGUGAGUCUGCCUCCCUCUCGCAGGCGAUUCACUUUCAUUCUCACUUCCGGGGAUAUUUCCCUACUUACUAUACCAUGUCGAGCAAUGACCCAAAAGCCCAAGUUGAAUAUCUGGAGGAAGUGAGCACUGGCGGCGUCAAACUUGAUGUGCUGGUCGACGAGACUGGAGAGGUGCAGCGUCUACCUGUGCCCAGUAAUGAUCCUAACGAUCCUCUGAAUUUCACAACAUGGGAGAAGUUUGGGAUCAUACUCAGCUGUUGCUGGUUCUCCAUAAUGUCCCUUUCGGUGGUUGGAGGGCUGGGAGCAAUUCUCGGCAUCUUUUUCGAGUUGUAUGGCCGCCAAGGUGUCACUUCAACACAAGUGGUUUGGCUUGGAACAUUCCCUUCACUAUUUGUUGGAGUUGGAAACUACCUUCUCCUUCCAUUGGGCUUAGUUUAUGGCCGCCGAACAGCAACAAUCAUAUCCAUUGUUGUCUUGCUCGGCUCCACGAUUGGUUGCGCGUUAUCGCAGACAUUUGAACAGCAUCUCGGUUUAAGGAUCUUGCAAGGCUUGGCCACUGGUGCCACCGAAUCGUUGCUUCCUCUGAUGUUAUCUGAGGUCACAUUCGUACAUCAACGCGGCCUGGUAUUUGGCGUAUAUUGGGCCACACAAAACGUCGUCACCAGUUGCUUGAACCUGGCUAGCUCUUAUGAGGCUGCUGCACUAGGCUGGCGCUGGUUUUACUGGGUUUAUGUCAUUGCAAUCGGAGCAGGGUUGGUUAUCGUUGUCUUCGGAUGCUUUGAGACCAGGUAUCAGCGGCGCGCGCAAUACCUCAAUGAUCAAGUGAUAGUCACAGAUGAUUUUGGAGUUACUCGUGUUCUCACUGGAGCAGAGGCUCAGGCUCACUUCCAGAAUCAAUGGUCAGCAGAUGACUUCAAUGUUUCGGAGGCAGCAAUACCGAAGAAGACUUACAUACAGAUGCUAAAGCCAUUUGGGCAAUCCGUGAAACACCCGGCACGGACAGUGCUUAUGGCCUGGUUCCACAUGUUCGAGGCAUUCUCGUCGCCCGGAAUUCUUUAUGCAACCCUUCUAUCAUCGGUCGUUCUGGGAUCCUCAGUCGGAAUGUCAUUGACUUAUGAUGCGGUGCUUCAAAGCUAUGGCUGGCCAGCGAAGAAUAUCGGUCUGAUCAACCUUGGUGGUGUUUUCGGAGGAUUUGGGGGCAUGCUAUAUGCUGGGGUUUUUGGGGACUGGUUAAUUCUGCGAAUGGCAAAGCGUUCCGGUGGUUUGCAUAUCCCUGAGCAUCGUCUGAUUUUAUUGAUAUUUCCGGGAAUACUUGCUGUUGUCUCUUUGUUACUCUAUGGAUUUACGGCUGACACUAACACAAGUUGGGGUGGGCCUUACAUGGGAUGGACUCUUCUUCAGAUUGCGUUCGUCUCAGUGUUGAUUCUGUCGACAUCUUUCGCAGCGGAGGCUUGGGAGAAGAAUCCUGGGCCUGCUUUGGUGGCUGUCGUUGGAACCAAAAAUAUAUUAGCCUUUGGCAUAAGCUAUGGGCUUAAUCCCAUGCUGGGCCGGUUCAACUAUCCCACUGCAAUGGGAAUUUUGGCGGGAGUAACUGGGGCUGUCUUUCUUCUCGGUAUUCCGGUUUACUUCUUGAACCCGGCCUGGCGACGCUAUAUGCAGCGUCCGCGAGCAUCAUAG